CUCACCUUUUGCCGGUAGAAAUAGUCAGAUAUAUUCUCUCUUUUUUGAGUGAUGACGACAUUCAAAGUGUAGUGAAUGCUACAAACUGUUGACUGGAAAUAUCUCAUGAACAGGGCAAGAUCUAUCGGGGUAUGAGUGUUUUCAAGGAAACUAGAUCACAAAUUAUGCCUAUUAACAUCCGAUCUUCGAAAGGCCGGUCCCUACUCCACAAUGCAGCAAUCUACUCUUCGAUUGAAGAAUUGGAACUCUUAUUGAACUCUGGGUUUGAUGUGAACUCCAAAGACGACAAAGGUUGCACUCCCCUUCAUUUUGCUGUAUUUGUAAACUUUGAAUUAGGAGUAGAUUUCUUACUAAAUAGAGGUGCUAAUGUGAACUCAAAAUGUUUUGGUGAAGCUCCCUUACAUAUUGCUGCAUGGAAGCAAAGAAGAUCAAUUUUUGAAAAAUUGAUUGAAAGAGGAGCAGAUGUAAACUGUCAAAACAAAAAUGGAUUGUCGGUUCUCCACAUUGCAACCAUACUCGGUUCCCUCCCAUUUGUUGAUAUUUUAUUAACAAAGGGAGUUGAUGUGAAUAUUAAAGAUUUAAAAGGAAACACACCUCUGCAUUUUGCAGCUAAAUAUAAAAGUAUUGAAAUAAUCAAAAGACUUUUGACUAACAAAGCAGAUGUAGAUAGUAAAAAUGAUAGAGGCCAAAUCCCUCUUCACCGUGCAGCAAAGUUUUGUCCCUACAGAUCAGCUAUUAAGAUGUUAAUGAUAGGGGGAGCUGAAGUUAAUGCAAGAGAUAAAGAGGGCAGAACGCCAAUGCACUUUGCGAUAGAUAGGCCUAAUGGAGAAAUUAUAAAGGAGUUGCUGGAGUGGGGUGGAUCUCUGUUUAUUAAGGAUGAAAAUGGUGACCAACCAUUGGAGUGGGUUUCAUGUACGUGGGUUGCGAAUUAUGCUUUUGAAAGGAAUUCCAUGCAAUUGAAAUGUGUCGGAUUUAAUUUUGAUCCCAUAACAAAUUUUUAUGGUACCAAAGAUAAUUUUUGUCUACUAUGCAAAAAAGAGGCUAAGAAAAUGAAACUGCAUCGUUAUGGUAAAGAUUUACUCAGUGAUGUUUUUGAUAAAUAUGGUGAUCCGACAUAUUUAGCAAACACAAAAUUGAAACAGGCCUUUGAGUAUGAUAUUGAAUUAGAAUAUCCAGUGUAUGGUUCCCUGUUAAGAGCGAUAUAUGGAAGAGCGAUAAAAAGGGCAGCUUUAUUAGAUAUAGCUCAGUACAGUUUAACUGAGUUCUUGCCUGUUGAAAUUGUCAGACACAUUCUUUCUUUUUUGAGUGAUGACGACUUACGAAAUGUGGUUAAUGUGGUAAAUUGUUGACUGGGAAUAUACCAUGAUAAGAGCUAACUAUUCAGAUAAGGAUAUCAGAAACCAAACCCACUUGAAAAUUGUUAAUAAGUAUCGUUAUUAUGAAUCAUGGAAAAAUGCCAUGAUGAGAGCUGACUAUUGAGAUAGAGCUGUCAGGGACCAAGCUCACGUGAAAAUUGUCAAUAAUCAUAUGUGUUAAUAAUGAUAUAUACUAUAAUCUCUAUAUAUAACAUACUAUAAUCAUAGUUUAUAUAAGUCAUUGAUGAACCUUUGUUCAAUAUUUGGGCAGCGUGAACCACGUGGUUUCCAUUUUAAUAAAAAUGUAUGUUACCCAUAACUGAGAUAUACCAAGGAGAAUUUGAAGUUAAAUAGUUGGCUGUAGGGAAACGCAUUAUAUUUUUAGAGUUGUUUUGCAGAGGUAAAUUUUGUAAGUUGUUUUUCUUUUUCCGUAGCUUAACAUUGUGCAUUAUUUAUUUAGUUUAACUCAUUAUAGUUCAUACCUUGUGUAUAAUGUAUUUUAUGCCAAAAUAAAUUUACACAGAGCUGAUUUGAAAUCUAGACUGAUGAAUUAGAAUAUAACUUUUCAUCAACUGUAGGUGUUAUCGUAUUACAGGAACAUAGGUGUCAUAUCUAAAAAGUUGUAUUAUGUAUGCCUAUUAACUUUUUGCAUUUGAUAAUAAUUAUUCUAGUUCCUUCCGUUGGUAGUUAAUGCUGAAAACAAGUUUUAAAGAUUUUAAGAUAUGUUUGAAUUUACAGAUUUAAGCUGUAGAAAUGGACCGUAAAGUCAAUUAGAUUACCUAUAGGCACAUUCAAUUCUUAAAGUCAAAUCUCAGACAGUAAAAAUGCUGCCCUCAGAAACUAUCUAGAUUGGAAACUACCACUAGACAACUCCUCGAGUACUGAAGUAGCCUGUUUAUUUUAUUAACAGGAUAGAAAGCAGUACAUGGGAAUAAUUUCAAAUCGAUCAUCCCAUUCAAAACUGGAAUAGUUAUAAAUAAAGAUCGCAUUCACUAGUUUAUCUGGUGGAGUGAGAAAAUCUUCAUGUAUUACUAGUAUUCUGCUGAAGAAUACUACGUUUCUUUUUUUAGAGGAACUUAAUAGAACAGUGUUCAAUAGCAUCCUGAUGGCUACUUCCUAAAUCAUCCCUUGUAUUGUGUUACUCAGCUCUUCUGAGAGAGUGUUAACAAACAAUUGACCCAUUCUCCCCAUUUCAAACGGUCUUUUAGUCAGUACUAAUGAAGCCUCUUAGUUAUAUUUAAUGCUAUAAUAACUACACUUAUCGUUCAAGACCACCUACACAAACAUUGGGAACAUGUUUAAAAGACCAAUUCAUUCGUAGAUAAUUUAUCCAUAGAAAGAACAAGACAAAAUUUUCCUUCUCAGAGAGAACGAUGUUUAAAUGCUCUUGCCGAUAGAAUAGAAUAGAAGAUCUGAAUUUUGAUUAUGAAAUGACCUCUCAAACAAUGAGCCAAAUGUUUUAUGAAUGAACUGUGUAGUACAAAAGGAUAAGUUAUUGACUGACACUCAGCCUCUAAGCUUCCUAUUGAUUUUGACAUUAUGUGACAUUACUUGCUAUAUAAAAUUUAUGUGAACAUUACUACAUCAUAAUGCAUUUACAGAUUGUUGUUUAUGUACAUUAUAUACGUGUAUUUGAUAUUUUUAUUUUAAUAUACUGUAGUUAUUUAUAUACAGGUAAUUGGUACAUAGUGUUAAAUGAACAAUUGGGUUAUUCUAUGCCAUUCAACUUUCCCUUUUGUAUCAGUUUCACACUCAUAAAACUUACUUUGCAUUUGUAAAGAUAACUUUUUCACUUAAUAUUUGGCAGGAAUGUUUUGAUUGCUUCUCUUCUUCACUAGCUUCUUACUCCACAGUUCAGAUUUCCUCACAGGUGUAACUAUGGCUGUGAGAGUUGUAAACUGCAGGAAAAUUUGUUAAUCCUUUUUGGCCGAUAAAAGGUUUGGUAAUUUUUAUGGUACAUACUUUUGAAUGAAUUCACUACUUUGUUGUACUGAAAAACAAGAAGGUGAAAAUAUGGAAAAUGCAAGUGUUUUAUAAAUACAUUAAAGUGUAAUAUUACAAAUAUAUACUUACAAUUAUUUUCUUAUCUUAUUAAUUACAAUAAAGUUGUCAUCAGUAUAACAUUAUUUAAUAAUUAAAUUGUAUGCAUGAAAUUAAAACAAACUGUUCUUUGCUUGUUUUGUUUACUAUUAGAUUACUAUAAAAACAAAAAUAAUUUUAGUAUUGUAAACAACAUUUUCAGUUUCUGACUUUAUUUUCUGUAAGAGUACAAAAUGUAUGUUGAUUGGUUGGAAAGUAAGUAUAAAACAUAUAGUUGAACAAAACUACACAACGCAAUUGCCUGUAUAAUGACACAGCUGGAGUAACGUGACUGAUAGCUAUUACAUGAUGUGAAAAUGGUCUAGAUGACUAGAUGACCACAUAAAUAUUUGUAGAAAGGCCAUAGAGAAGUUGAAGAGAAUAUUUGUUUAAACAAAAAUUACAGUUUUUAAAGGUAGAUUGUCAGCGUUUUGCUCUGGAUAUUGUACCUUCAUUUUAUGGUGUACAUUAGUUUCACUUUGCAAAGAGAAUUGUUCUAGAAAUUUAUUAGAAAUGAGCUUAUUGUUUUAUUUAACUUGUUUUUAGUUUAAUUAAAAAAAAAAUAUUAUUGUAAUUUGUUAAAUUUCGUCAACCAAAAUGUGUCCCCAUAUACUGUACAUUGUACACUGAUUUAGAUAUUUAAUUCUUUCUAUUCAAAUUCUAUUUUAGCACUUAAUAUUACAUGUUGUAUUAGUCCUCAAGUUAUUUUUAUUCAGAUUAUUGUAAACUAUAUUUAUUUUCUUGAAUAAUAAAUAUCUUUAAUGAUUCCUUGCUUUUACUUUGAAUGUCUGAUGUUCUAUUUAUAGAUAGUAUCGAUGAAAAUUUGUUUAACUGUGUAUAUUUAAAAUAUUUAAGAUUAUGAGUUAUUUCAAUUAUGUCAUUGAUAUUACUGUAUUAGACCUCAUAAAUAAAACUCCUAUUUUUUAGCUUGACAGAUGGUUAAAUUGUAGAUGUUUAAUUUUAUAAUUUGUUUUCACCGAGAAGUGUUGAUUAUUCUGACAAUAUGAUCUUUCUGUAAGUGGAGUUCUAAAAACUGUUAAAAUCAAGAUUCAAUGUUAAAAAAAUAAUGUUAUUUGUGCUUAUAUUGAAAUGAUGUUGUUGUUGUAUGACAUACUGCUUAACCAUUUAUAUAGGCUGAUUGUCAACGUUUUGCUCUGGAUAUUGUACCUUCAUUUUAUUGUGCACAUUAGUUUCACUUUGCAAAGAGAAUUGUUCUAGAUAUUUGUUGUGGAUGUGGUGUCGUUUCUACACCUUUUACUAUUAAUAGUCUUACUUAGUAUAGCCAUUGUAUACCUGAAAUAUACUUUAUUCACUCAGACAGCACCUGAUAGACAGGUCUGUUAUGUUUAAAUUAAUCUAUAGCAGUACACUGUAGCUUUAUUUUGGCCUAAAACAAAUUUAUAUUUAACUUUACAAUGUAUAUCUAUGCUUAAUACUUGUGAACUAAUAAAUAAAAUACGUAAGUAUAUUGUAUAAUUUCACGACUAUAAAAAGAUUUAGUUUUGAUUUUAUACCUAAUUUUCUAUUGUAUCUUGGACUGGUUGAUGGAAUCUGAAUUUUUUACAAUUUAUACAAAGUUGUGCAGUCUGAAUAUGUAUGUUAUCUAAAUGAUUUUGAAAUAAAUUAAAUUAUAUUUGUAA